UGCUGUCAAGCAGCUGUACAUGUAGGUGUGAGCGACGAACGAUACGUUGAACGGAGUUGUUGUGAGUGCACGACGACCGUUCGUGACAAGAUGACAAAUCAGCUGUUGACUUGAUCUUGUUGGUUAGCUAUGAGAGUAUUCUGAAGACAGAAUCUGCUGCUGCAAAAAAAUAAAUAUUCCUCGAUUAAAAUGAACAUUCACGAUCUCAUAUUUGUUGAGAAAAAUGAAUUUAUACAGGUGAUUUCAAGAUCUCCAGAUCUUUAAUCCUAUGUUUCCCUUCUUGGUCAAUGAUAACCACAUGAUGGUGCAAUGUCGUCAGCAUGAACCCCGUUCGCUGUUGGGGGUGCACCGAUCCGACCGGGCCAAAUCGGAUGACGUCACGAGGGAUAUCUUGACGUCAGCUAAUGAAUGAGGCGGGUCGGGUGGUGAGGAGAACGCAGAACGCUGUCGGAGGGAAGACAGCGAACUCCACUCGGUCCGUUCGAUCCCCAGCAGAACCAGUCAACGAGCAUAUACUCGUAUCAUACACCAGAAGCCAUCGUGGCGACGACAACCAUCCCCCCGACGUGAACGACCGCCUCAACAAAGGAGGCCUAAACACGGGCGACACCUUAGUUUAGAUACGCACAGAGAGAGGAUCCUUAAAACGGAGAACAAGUGACAGCUCGAAGGAGGAAGAGGAGCGGUGGAGGAGGGAGGGAGAGGGGGAAGCUGCUGCGGCUUCAAUAAGGACGCCAUCCGCACCCCACCCCCCCCCCGCGGCACCCCGCCAUUCGUCCAGGAACAAGCACCGGACUCCCGCUGCUUCGCCGCCGCGCAACAGGUGAUGGCCCUGGAUUCUGGAAAGCUUCUCUCGUUCCUCUGCUCCCAAUUUGAUCUUCUGCUGCCGUCGCCCCUCCUCUCACUUCACCAUCCUUGAUACUUCCGCUGUGAUUCGUUCUUCUCUUUCCCGGAGCUGAAAUCUAAUUCAAAUAUGAUAUAUAUAUAUGCUCUCACAGGAUUUGAUAUAUUGCUGUUCGUGCAUGAAGGUUUGCGGACAAGAGUCACCUAACAAAAGGAUAUAUUAGACCGAGAGGAGGAGAAAGCAAGAACAUGGAGGGGAGGAGGAAGUGGACUUCUGCCCUCAAGAAAGCGUUGAUCCCCAGCUGCUGUCGAGACUAUGGUAAGUCCAAGCGUUCAUCUCGGGCUGCAACGGAGGUCGGUCGGUCGACAAUAAGUGAGGCGACCGCUGCCACCAAGAUCCAGGCUGCUUUCCGAGGAUUCCUGGCGAGGAGAGCAAUGGGAACUCUGAAAAGACUGAUCAGGCUAAAGAACUUAAUCGAUGGAAGCGCCGUCGGGUCUCAGACCGCAAACAUGGUGCGCCGGUUGCAAGCCAUGGCGGUGGUUCAGGCACAGGUACGUUCGAGGAGGAUGAGGAUGGCCGAGGAACACCAGGCUCUGCUGCGGCAGCUGCAACUCAAACAAGAAAGAGAGCAGCAGAAAGCGAAGAUCGGAGAGUGGAAUGAUAGUCCUCGAUCCAAAGAGCAAAUCGAGGCAAAGCUACUCGACAGGCAGGAGGCUGCCACGAGAAGAGAGAGGGCAUUAGCCUACGCAUUUGCCCGCCAGGGAAAGAGCUCUUCCAAAUCCCCGACUCCGAUGUUUAUCGACGUGAACAAUCUGCAAUGGGGUUGGAGCUUGUCGGAGCGAUUGACGGCGGCAGGGCCGCAGGAGAAGCACGGCCACGACGCUGUGAAGCCGAAGAGGAUCCUGUCGGCAGCUCAAAGACCAAGCCAGACGCCGGUAACCCCGCGCUCUAACCCGGCAUCAAAGGCAUCAGUGAACCCAAGCAAGAGUAAGCCGAGUCCCAGAAACGAGUCGCCCGUGACGCCACGCUCCAAGCUGGCGUCGGUGGCGAGCAAGAAGACACCGGUGAGCCCGGGAACCGGCGCGUGGUCCGCGGACGACGGGUCGAGCAUCAGGAGCAGGCACCGGGUCACGAGGUCAUCGGUGAGCGACGACAGCAGCCUGUCGAGCGCGCUGUCUGUUGCGAGCUACACCCCGUCGACGGCGUCGACGAAAGCCAGGUCUCGGUUCCACAGCCCGCAAAGCGACGUCGCUGAAGGUUCUCAGAAGGGGUCUGUCGGCUCGGGGAAGAAGCGUCUCCCUUCUCCUGCGGCAGGGAAGAACAAGAAGAACAACGGAUCGUCUCAGGCAAGGAGGACCAAGUGAGGUCUUGAUCGUAAUGCACUGGUGCAGCGAAGCCGCAACUUGCACUAGCUAUUGAAUCCAAGCAAGGGGUUGUUCUCGACAGAGAGACAGCGAGGUUGCUUUCAAGUACAAAGAAUUGUUGUUUGUUUCAUUCCAAGUUGUUUUUGUUACUAGUAGCAGAAUGUUACUCGGUGAGAAACUAAAAAAUGACCCCUAACUCCUA